AUAAUUUUUAUACAAGUCUAAUUUAUCAUUAAUUAAUAAAUAAAUUUACACCCUAAUUUCUUGUUUGUAUAUAAGACAAAGAAAGGGGCAAAGUGAAAAAACUCAAACCCCUAAUUUCUACUACAAAGCUUUUGAGUCGCUUUCUUCUUUCACAAGAGAAACGAUGUCCGAUCUUCCACCGGAUUUGGUAGAAGAAAUACUCUCAAGGAUCCCAGCCACAUCUCUGAAACGAUUACGAUCCACUUGCAAACAAUGGAACUCUUUAUUCAAGAACCGAAGAUUCACCGAGAAGCACUUUCGUGAAGCUCCAAAGCAGUCUCAUGCUCUGUUAUGGAACGAUCGUAGGGUUUGUCCAAUGAGCAUCAAUCUCAACGUUGCUCCUCCAUCUAUAGAGUUUAAGAGUGUACUUAGUAUUAAGGACCCAGAACCCGUCUAUAUAUCCAAUGUUUCUCACUGCGACGGUUUAUUGUUAUGCACCACCGAUGAUGGUAGACUCGUAGUUUGGAAUCCGUGUUUGGGGCAAACCAGGUGGAUCAACUUUGAAAAUGAUUACAAGACAUACUAUAGGUUUGCUCUAGGAUACAAAAAUAACAAAUCUUGCCGUAGCUACAAACUCUUGAGGUUUUGGACAUCUUAUUUUACACCAAACCAUAUUGGUCUCGUGUAUAAUAUCUAUGAGUUUACCUCUGAUUCGUGGAGGGUUCUUCUUGAUAAAGUCUCUCUCAACUACUUUCUAAUAGAAUCAGAGAAUGGUGUGUCUAUCAAGGGAAAUACUUAUUGGCUUGCUUUAGAUGUCGAAACAAAUUUGUUACUCGGUUUUGAUUUUACAAUGGAGAGAUUUAAACGUUUGUGUCUUCCCUCAAAUAAGUAUGGUGAUACGAUGGUUCUAUCUGUUGUUAGAGAAGAAAAACUCUUAGUGUCACAUCAGAACUUUCGUUCAUCAAAGAUGGAUAUUUGGAUGACCAAUAUAAUUGAUAGUGAAACCGCCUUGUCCUGGAAGAAGUACUUUUCUGUGGAGUUUAUAAUCCUUAGUACUUGUCAUUCUUGUCCGUUUAGCAUUACUUUUCUGAUCGAUGAGGAGAAGAAAGUUGUCGUAUCGAUUGUAAUGGAUAAUGAGAAUAUGGUAAACAUUAUUGGAGCGUUCGAUGCAUAUUACGUAGAGGUCCCUGUGGAAUCAACAAAUUGUCCAUAUAGUCCAUGUAUUUUUAGUUAUGUUCCAAGUUUGGUUCAAAUCUAGUAAUGUAAAGGCAAAAAAAUAAAAUAAAACUAGUCUUGAAAAGUAAGGAAAUGAUUUCUUGCAGUUCUUUCUUCGGUUUUGUUUUUCUAAAAAAAAUGUAGUUUGAUUAAUUUAAUGAAUUGAUUAUUAAUAUAAAUAAUUUUUUUUUUUGUAUAUCACUUGGUUCUUAGUGAUUCCUUUCUUAAGAGAUCAUGUUCUUGGGAAGUGUCCCUUCUGCUUAUAUAUAUAACGUAACCUCACUUUUUGUUACUACUAAAUAUAUAUGUACCAUUAACGCUGGUAAUAAUUAUUGAAGACAGAAGAUGCAUGGUCCUUGAUAGUGUUGGGCUUGAAGCAAUGCUGCUUAGGCUUAAUCUUACUGCAGUCUACUCUACCGGCUUGACAAGCCUAGUCUAUGGCUGCUCCUGCUUGUAAUAGAUCAUCUUGUGCCAUUUUAUCGGCUACGCGUACCAUUGUUCAAUCUCCACUUCUAUUAUGAAAAGAAAUACACAUAUAUAUUUGUGAACUGCGUGUAUGCAAUAUGGACCUUACAAGAAUGUUUUUACCUGAAUUUUGU